AAAGAAAAUCAAUACUACAUCAAAGUCAACAAAGGGGGAAGAGGGUUAAGCGUGUUGGCAGCCAUUCUUGCCUGCACUCCAGCGAAUCCCUGACCCCCCCUUUUUCCUCAAGAAAUCAGAAGCCCAAGUUUCCAUUUCAUUGUCUGUGUAUCGACUUCUUGAUUUCGGGAGCUGUAGAUCGGCUGUGGAUUGUCACUAUUGAUUUGAAAGGUGCAUGUUAGUUUGAGAAAUGGAUAGUUUGUGCUGUUUUAAACAGCACUCAGGAGGGAGUUCAACAGGUGGCUCCGGCAAGGGAAGUGGCAGCCGAAGCCAUGUCAAGUUCGGAUUCAGUUUGGAAAAGGGUAAAGCAAAUCAUCCCAUGGAAGAUUUCCAUGUUGCUAAAUUUGAACAGUCCCAAGGUCAUGAACUCGGACUGUUUGGUAUCUUUGACGGACAUAUGGGAGAUAGCGUGCCCGCUUACUUACAAAAGCAUUUAUUUUCAAAUAUAAUAAAGGAGGAGGACUUUUGGAGGGAUCCUCUGAGGUCUAUUGCUAAAGCUUAUGAGAGAACAGAUGAAGCCAUUCUGUCUCACAACCCUGACCUUGGUAGGGGUGGGUCCACUGCCGUAACUGCAAUUUUGAUCGAUGGUAGACACUUGUGGGUGGCUAAUGUUGGUGAUUCACGAGGCGUGCUUUCCAGGAGGGGCCAGGCUAUACAAAUGACCAUUGAUCACGAGCCCAACACCGAGCGAGGAAGCAUUGAAAACAGAGGCGGAUUUGUAUCGAAUAUGCCAGGAGACGUUGCCCGAGUAGAUGGUCAGCUGGCCGUAUCUCGUGCUUUUGGAGACAAGAACUUGAAGACACACUUGCGAUCCGACCCUGACGUCACGAAUGCUGAGAUAGACGCUGAAACUGAUUUUCUCAUUCUUGCUAGUGACGGUAUAUGGAAGGUGAUCUCUAAUCAAGAGGCAGUCGACAUCGUGAAGAAGAUCAAAGACCCCCAGAAGGCAGCGAAGCAGCUAGUGAACGAGGCACUGCACAGAGAGAGCAAAGACGACAUCUCCUGCAUCGUUGUACGCUUCUAGCCUCGUGGUUUUUGUACAUUGUGCGAUACCAUCCAUAAUCCAACAGAAAGAUUCAUAUUCAGACGAUUCUGCUGCCUUAUUUGUCGCGCCCCUACCGUGUGAUAUCAACGUAUUUGCUUGAUUUCUUCCUUUUGUGUAGAUUUGUUCCAUUUUUUCGAUUCUGUCGCGUAAUUUGCAAGAGAGACUACAGUAUAUUGGUGUAAUAAUUGAAGUAGGUUUAUACAGAUGCUGCCAUAUCUGCUGUGGUUUGAUCUCUAUUGAUGAAGAUGAAGACAUUUGUUUUAAGGUUUCAAAUUGAUUGUAUUUUUUGUUUGUCAGUUGUAAACUAGUGACUGAAUUUGAUGAUAUUAAGAUUUUUCAAUUCUUUAUUAUGAGUA